AUGUCGUUCGAGCACGACAAACGCGUCAUCGUGUACCCAAACUACUUAGACAACCGCAAGACGGUGGCUCAGGGGCGCAGAAUACCCAAGGAGCUGGGCGAGUUGCCGCCAGCGGCUGCCGUCCCGUCGGCGCCCAACGCCAUUGAGAUCUACGAGUGCAUCAUCAACGGGCUCAAGCUGGAAGCGGAGGCAGAGAUGAAGAGCUACCCGCGGGAUUGGAUGGUGCCGGGGCGGGUCCGCGUCAAGCUGCGGGGAGAGGAUGGCAGCCUGGCCAACCCAGACAUACCCACCCGGCGAGCGCUGCUGCUCAAGGUGGCGGAGCUGGUGCCACGGCACCCCGGACGCGUCAACGGGCGGCCCAAGGCGGUGGCAGCAGCGGCGGAGAAGGUGGCGCAGCAGGCGGCGGGCGGCUCGGGGGCGGGCUCCUCCAAGCAGCAGCAGCAGCAGCAUGGCGGCAAGAAGAAGAGCAGCAAGAAGAAGUGA